CCGAAGCUUUAGGGUUUCUUUUGCGUUCUUCUCCGCCUGUUUGUAGAUCCGCUCUGCGAUCGAUUUCUGCGAGCGAAUUUGUUUUAUCCUUUUUGUUGUUGACUUGUUGUGGAUUUCCUUCUGUCCCUCUCGUGUAUCUGCCAGAAAUCGUUUGGGAUUCAGGCGGAGCCGGCGAUGCCGAUCAACAAGUCUGCCGGUGUUUCUUCCGACCACCGGCGCCCAUCGUCCUCCAAGGAUCCGGAGAGCAGUGAGUCUGCCUCGAAUACUCUCUGGGUGGGGCAACUCUCCGCUGAAACCACCGAUUCAGAUCUGAUGGAUGUCUUCUCCAAGCACGGCGCCUUGGAUUGCACCACGAUGCAAUCGGCGAGAAACUAUACCUUCGUGUACUUCCGGCAAGUCGAGGAAGCCAAGGCUGCGAAGGAAGCCCUCCAAGGGAACUUGAUCCAUGGGAGCGCGAUCAGGAUUGAGUUUGCCAGACCGCCAAGAGCUGCUAAGCAGAUAUGGGUUGGUGGGUUUGAUUCAUCUGUAAGUAAGGAGCAACUUAAAGAAGAGUUUUUGCAGUUUGGUAAGAUUGAAGAGUACAGAUUUUUCAGGGAUCGAAAUUCAGCUAUUAUUGAAUAUUAUAAGUUGGAAGAUGCCAUUGCGGCUCAUAAAAAUAUGAAUGGGAAGAAGUUUUCUGGUCAACAACUACGUGUUGAUUUUCUGCGCUCCCAACCUCCUAAAAGGGAGUGGCCUGACCGCCAUGAUUUGAGGAAUGGGCAUCUGGGCAACCUAAGAUCUUUGCCAUCUGACAGCUUGAGAAAUUUUCAUAAUUCUUCUUCCCUCGGGUCUAAGUGGGAUAUGCUUCAUGGGGUGCUUCAAGAUGGUCCUCCAAGCAAUGUUCUUUGCAUAAGAUAUCCACCUCCGGUUCAGAUUGAUCAGAAGAUGCUUCACAAUGCCAUGAUUCUCUUUGGUGAAAUUGAAAUGAUAAAAUCAUUUCCAGCUAGACACUAUUCUUUUGUGGUGUUCAGAAGCAUUGAUGAAGCUAGGCGUGCAAAAGAUGGUCUGCAGGGUCGCCUCUUUAAUGAUCCUAGGAUACAGAUUCUCUACUCCAAUGAUGAACUUUUAGCAUCUGUUUCAGGUAAUUCACUUUCCUUCUAUCAAUUCAAAGUUAUAGCACAGCGAUCUGAUAUAUUUUUCAAUAUAGGCCCAUUUGGACCUCUUGAAUUGUUAGGUCAUGGUCAUCUGAUCCCACCAAAUAAUUUACUUGGCUCCCUGCAUGCUGGUAUUCUGCCUGGAACAAAUAUGGUAUCAAGGCCAUUUGGGCCACAAGGAUUAGAUCCCCGCCAUGCUGGUGCUGGGCUCCAUGAACUUGGUAUUCUUCAUCCAAAUCUCCUUGAGGUUGAUACUGGUAAAUCUAUGCCAAGGAUACGUCGGUCUCCUUCAGCUCCAGGAAUUCUUCCUUCUCCUCCAGGUAUUUUUCAAGGUGUCCGUUCCAUGCCUGAUGCAUGGGAUGGAGUUGAUAUGAGAGACCCUAAGAGGGUUAGGUUAGAUAGUCCUCCCAGCAAUGAUGAUUUUCGUCAAAGAAAAUCUGCUAGCAGCAGUAUGGAGGAGCAGCGUUUUUUGUUAUCUCAUCCAGAUAGAGGUGUUUCUAGUCGCACUCGAGUUGGUUCUGCUCCUCACCACCGCCCUAACUUGCAUUCUCCUGAUAGAGACUAUAUUUGGCGUGGUGUUAUUGCUAAAGGAGGAGCGCAUGUUUGUUAUGCUCGCUGUGUACCAAUAGGAAAGGGCAUCGAUUCACCAAUGCCUAGUGUUGUCAACUGCUCGGCUAGAACUGGAUUGGAUAUGCUCACAAAACACUAUGCUGAGGCAAUUGGUUUUGAGAUAGUUUUCUUUUUACCAGAUAGUGAAGAGGAUUUUGCUUCUUACACUGAGUUUUUAAGGUACCUUGGCCUAAAGAAUCGUGCUGGAGUUGCAAAGCUUGAAGAUGGCACAACUUUAUUUUUGGUACCUCCAUCGGAUUUCUUAACCAGUGUAUUGAAUGUGAACGGCCCUGAACGUCUGUAUGGUGUUGUUCUGAAUAUGCAGCAGCAGUCACCUGCUGCUCAACAAUCGCAAAUAGCUAUUCCUCAACCACCCCGUCAGCUUGAUCGCCGGGAAGAACCUUUGGAGAAAGGGUAUAAUUUUGUUCGCCACAAUGAAGAGCAAAUACUAAGAGGUGAUUAUAACAAUGCUUUACACGAGGAAGUGGUGCGACAUUCUGCUGUUGAAAAUUUUCCAUCAGCUCACAGGGAUGAACAACAUAUGGCACAAUUAGCACCACUUGACCAAGAUGACAAUUCUUCUUCUGCUGCUGCUUCUCAGUUGAAAGCUACCUUAACUCCAGAACUAAUAGCAACUUUAGCUUCUCUUAUACCCAGCAACAAUCAAUCAUCAGCUUCUGCUGCUCAGCUGCCAUCUAACUCAGCUGCGAGACCUACUUCAUCCUAUACCCCUGCAAUGCCUGAUGGAUCAGCUCCAUUUCAGAGUUGGAGGCAAGAGAAUCAGAUGGCUCUUUCUCUUAAUUCCAUGGAUCAACAGAAGCUGCCACCGCCUUUAGGUCAAGAUUUCAAUAGCCAGGGGCCUUCGGUCACAAAUACGGCGAUUCCAUUUCAGUUUCCACCAUUCACAAAUACGACAAGUGGGACUGAUCCUGCCACACAACCAUUUUAUGGUGGCCUUCAGAUUCAAAAUCCGAUUCUUACGAUGCAACAAGCACCUGCAGUUUCAACAAAUCAGUUGAAUAACUAUGAAACAUCACAACGUGGACAGUUUUCUGUCACGCAAAACAAUCAACUUUAUCAGUUUGAUAACACCUAUGGUAAUCGUGACAACUAUGGAAGUUCAACAAGUGUUACGGAUCCAUUUCCUUCUUUGGUUCAGCAGCAACCAAGACUUGGUUCUUCAUCUGCUCAUAGUCCAUUUGGAAAUGUAUCUCAGCACCAACCUGCCAUGUCAAUGCCAAAUAACAAAGGGAAUCUGGAGUUUACUAACCAAGGGCAGCGGCUAGAAAACAUAUUACCGGGUUCAAGCCAGGGAACAACCCAAGGUGAUGCUGACAAGAACCAGCGAUAUCAGUCAACCCUACAAUUUGCUGCUAAUUUGCUUCUCCAAAUUCAACAGCAGCAGCAACAACAAACAAAUGCUAACACUGCACCUGGAUCUGGAAACCAUCAGUGAGACUGACUUUGGUAUCAGGUUGGUCGUCAUCGAUACGCUGCUUAUCGAGGGGCAAACAAGCUAUUUGUUCGUGCGACGCGAUACCUUUGCCGAAGGUUGUUUAUGCAACGAACGAGAUUGAAAAAAAUUAACUUCUUUUGUUAAAGAAAUAAAGUUCUGUAUUUCGUGUUACUGAACCGUCGGGGACUCGUGAAUCUGUGGCUGUUAAAAUUUGGAACCAUUUUAUCCCUGUUUUUUUACCCCUCCAAAACAUGUUAUGGAAAUGUUAACGUGGCAUCGAAAAACCUUGUCGAUGCUCUUUGUUGCUUGCCAAUUA